AGACGGCCUAAUCGUAAGGAGUGAAAGUGUGAGUCGGUUGGUCAGGCAGUCAGAUUUGAAUUGGAGGAUAUCGAUUUUUGUACUAAUUUUUAUCCACCCUAAUAGGUCAUAUUCAUGAUGUCAUUCCAUGAAAAUUGAUAGUAGAAAAUUGAAGUCGAGAAGCGCAAAAGUUGGAAAGGUACCUUCGACAGGUGGAGGCUUGAACCAUAUGCAGCUGUGAUCGCUGGUGGUACGUAGUGCAUUUUUCCAACAUGGCCGGAAAUGACGAUGUGUUGAGAAAGCAACGAAGGCGAAGGACAUGUCAAGUAUUCAUCGUUCUAGCCGUUCUUCUUGUGGUGGCUGCUGUUGGCGUGGUUCUCUGGUACUUUCUUCGAGACACCGAAGUCGAGCUGACACUCGGAGACGCGCGAUUCUUGCAAAACGCAAGGCAGCUCACAUUCUUGAACCAUACGAACAGCAACAUAACUCUCGAGGGAAGACUUGGUUUGAACAUUUCGAGAUACCUGGCUCCGACAGACUGCAGAAGCGGGAAUGACCGCGAGAAACUGUGUCUGAGAUGGGACGGGGUCGCAGUUUUAGAAAUUCUCAGAGAGAAUUUGUUGGAGCCCACGACUGGUACUUCAGUCGAAAUCACAACCCAGUGUUACGAAGUGACCUGGACACCCUUAUCAGACGAGUUCAUUCCGCAGGAUUGCUACUCGACGCUGGGAGCGAACUGGUACGGUGGCUCGGAGACGUUCUACCAGCGAUGGCCUGUCAACAACGGCAGCUACUUAAUGCAGCCUUACGUCACGUGGGACCACCGAUGGGACCCCGGCAGGUAUGACUAUGAGUUCUAUCCCGACCACUGGAAGUACGGAUCCCUUCAGGAGCGAUACUGGGUUUCCUCGCGAGGUGUCGCUAUCAAGGCGGACGAUUUCAUCCCCUUGCAUGUUGGUCUUAACGAUACGGUGACUGAACCUGAACAGCUGUGCCUGAUGGCUAACUUCUCCCACCCGUACAACAACCCUGCCGGGGAGUACCCCGUCCUGAAGUACACCGUGUGUCAUGGCGGACACCUUCGAGACAUCCAUGACUUCAUGGCCGACAGGUAUUUCCGCAAGCCCCGUGGGGUACCGGACGAUCAGGCUGAAGUCAUGUACAGGGCGCCCAUCUACUCGACUGGGGGUCGCUAUGGGCAGUGGAUCAACCAGUCUACUGUCAUGAGUUUUGCUGAAGAAAUCAGAACCUGGGAGCCACUGCUGAACUUCCCGACCACCGACGUCUGGUCCACCCUGGAGUUGGACGACAUGUGGUCUGAGGAGUACGGUUCCAUAGACUUCGACAGGGGGCGCUUCCCGGACGCCAGCGGGAUGAUCGGCGCGCUGCACACCCUGGGCUUCCGCAUCACAGUGUGGACCGUGCCGCACCUGAACGCCUGGACGGACGCCUUUCAAGAGGCCAUGAAGAGAGGCUACUUGGUGAUGGACUCCACCGGGACGCUCCCCGGGUUGUUCGGCUGGUGGCGCGGGACGGCCGGGCUCGUGGACUUCACCAACCCCGACGCCGGCGACUGGUACGUCAGACGGUUGGACGAGAUUCGCCGCAAGUACGCGGUGGACACCUUCAAAAUGGACGGCGGGGAGCUGAGCUACCUCCCGGUACACUACAGGAUGUACGAACAUCUGACCAACCCCGCCGCCUUCACCCGUCUGUACGUGGAGAACAUGGCGAGGUUGGGCGACAAGGUACAGGUCCGGGUCGGGUAUGGAUCACAGGAUCAUCCCAUCUUAGUAAGAAUCACAGACAAGGAAUCGGAGUGGGGUUACGGGAAUGGACUAAGGACCUUGAUACCCUGCGCACUGCAGUUCGGAGUCAACGGUUACAUCUUCAUAUCACCAGGCGUGGUCGGUGGCCUUAGCAACGACGGACAGAUGCCUGACAAGGAGCUAUAUAUUCGUUGGCUACAAGUGUCCACUUUUUUUCCUACCUUAGAGUUUUCAAUCACUCCUUGGCAGUACGACAACGAAACUAUCGCCAUCACCAGACAACUGAUGGAACUACGGACCACGUUGGUUUUGCCGAGGUUGCUUGAAGCUUUAAGACAAUCCCAAACGACCGGAGCGCCGGUGCUGAGGCCCCUGUGGUGGAUAGCGCCAGAGGAAGUGUACGCCCAGAUCGUUGAUGAUGAGUUCAUGUUGGGAGACACGCUGCUCGUGGCACCAGUGUUGGACCAAAGAGCCAGGUCUAGAAACAUCUACCUGCCGAGUGGACGAUGGAGCGAUAGACUUCGAGGAGGCAACAUCAACUCCGACGGCGGGCAGUGGCUCGAAAACUACCGAGUGGAGCUCCGAGAAGUCCCACACUUCAUUAAGACAUUCUAGGGUGGUAAAUUAAAUACAAAGUGUUCAUGCUAUGACAUAAACUUGUGUGAAAGUUUGAUCAGUAGUUUUUUUCUUCUUAUAAACUUGGGGUGCCUAGUUUAUAGGUUAUGAAAAUGCAGAGACGCAGUGUUUUCAGGUAUUCUUAUUGUUACUUGUUGCAAUUAUUUUGUCUUACUAACAGUUAAUACUUCUACAUAUAGGGAGAAACUACACUUUUUGCUGUUGUCAUAUUUGGCACAAUGAUAAUUUCAUAUACAUACUGUAGUUCAUCUGUUAUAAAAGCUUUUGCAAUUGCUACAAUCAAUCCAGACCUCUUUUUAGUAUUUUUUGGGGAACUGUAGUUCAUUCCCCAUGUUUUUCACUUUAAGAAUUAAUAAACAAAUAUGUCUUGUAUUAGAUAGACAGACCAUAAGGAUGCUGUGCAUGACCUUUAUUUUGUACGUGAUACAUAGCUUGUGAGGACUAUAGGAAAAAUUUUAAUUUUACCUCACCCAAAUCACAGGGACAUACUGUGUUAUUGGAACAUCCUAGGAAAUACAUUGUACAUCAACCUUUUGUCUCCUGGAGCAUGAAUUUGAAUGGUUGUAUGAUAAAUUGUUGUCCUUCAUUCAAUAGUGCAUGUCGUGGUGUUUCUUUGGAUGCUUUCAAAAAGCUAGAUAAGGCCUUGAAAAUAAAUGAAAUUUCAACGA